GAAAACUCUGAGUUCCCCCACUUCUCACAAUUAGUAAUUUCUUCUGAGUGGGAGCAGGACACAGUUGGUGGACCCCCACUGAUUUGGGCAGCUGGCAGGAGGACACUGCAGCCAUUCCCACAGGGCAGGUGCCACCUCUGAGCUGUACUUGGUGACUUCAAACCUGCAUAUCUGUCUGCCUCAAGAUGGAUCCCCACCAUGGACUGAAAGGUGACAGGCCAUGAAGCUGCCUGUGUUGCUUCGCAUCAGCUGUGUUGGCCUGGUGUUUGUGUUGAAUGCAGUGAUGUGGACAGUCUUCACAAAAGCCUUACGACUCUCCUCAUCCUCAGCUGCUGCCUCUGUGACAACCACAGCCUCCAACUUCAUCUCUUCAGCUCUCCUGGGAAAAUUGCUCUUCGGGGAGACGUGGACUCCUCUGUGGUGGGUCGGCCUCGCCAUGACGGUCUGUGGGCUCACGCUGCUGCACACAGCUGCACCCCAGCUGGUGCAGGUCCCAGCAGAGAAGAAGGAAUUAUAGCUGCUGGAGGGGUCACGGUGCCAUGCUGCCCCUCUCAGCCUGUCUCAUAGCAACAUCCCCAGUCCCCACCGGCCUCUGAACACAGCAGCCACCGAGCUGCUCACUGCUCACCUGCUGACCUGCAAAAUCACGUUGGUCACAUCUUUCCUGGUGGUAGUGUGGUGGCAGUGACAGCCUCCAAGGGAGCUGGUCAACUCUGAGUCAGUAUUGUGAAAAUCAGGGCUAGAGGCUUAUCAACCACUCCUCCUCUUCACACCCUGUGGCUGUGGAGCUUUCCCAGUUUGGGGAAUGCUGAAAGUAGAGAUGGUGGUUGUGGAAAGUGCUCGUGCAUAAGCAUUUUUCCAUGAAAGGACCUGUCCCAAAAUAGAAAACCAGUCAGAAUUCGAUGCUGAAGGCAGCUGUUACUCCUGCUCUGCUCUUCCUGACUUUCUGUCUUGAAAUGUUUCUAUACCCGCUGCUACCUGUAAGGCUGUGGAGGCUUUCAUUAAUUCAGCUGCUUUUAUCAGUCACAUACACCUUUUACCUUGCCAUUUGUAUCUGACAUCUAGAAUUUUUACUCACCCGUUCCUGACAUGUUAAUCACUGUAAGGUUGCUGUUCUUUCCUUUAAAAUUUCCCAGAAGAGGAUUUUGAUCACCAUUCCUGUUUUGUGUAGGUCAAACUAAUUUUGGGACAAUUCAACAGGCAGCCUGCUUUCACUUGGAGUGUCCACGUUCAACACAUUCCCCAUCCCCACUCAAGUUGACAACUGCUUUAAUGUUUGGUAAAAGGGAGUAUCUCAAGUGAUGUUCUUUCUACAACUCUGGAUGAUGCUUAUUCUCAUUCAUGUGAUGUGAUGUGAUCAACCAGAUCACUGGUAUCCAGGUAUCUGCUAAAUUUUGCGUCAGUGAUUACUCCGUGUUCAGGUGUCAGUUUGGUGAAUGUAUCACGAAUCAUCAUUUGUAAGGUAUCAGCUUCAUUCCCCUCCCCACUCCUUUUUUUUCCCCCUGGAAAUUCUUCCAUUGGAAACCUAAUUAAGAAAUAAAAUUAUGCUUAUAAAUGUAUGCAUCAUCUGGUGAUAUCACUUGUUUGCUCUGGGCUUGCCAGGUUGUCUGUGUCAUGUUAUAAUGACAGAAGGUGAGUCACAGCUGAGGCAUGUGGCAGAAAACCUAAG